UUACUUAGAAAGAUUCUAUCAUGUCCACAAAUCUCUGGCGUUGAAAAAUAACACUAAUAUUUAUAAAAACGUUUUUUUUUUCUAUUUGAACAUCCGGUUGGUUCCAGCCGCGCGGCACUGGUUGGUUGAAACCCGAUCAGAGGUGAUGCUGUAGCGGCACGCGCAGGGAUGAGGAGGCUGGAGAGGGAAGCUGUCUCUACAUGUAUGUGUGGCACUCAGUCUUUGAGGAAGUCAAGAAGCGACAACAUUUGCGCGACUGAAAGAAGAAGAAACCUAAUUAUUCCACCGUCCAGGAUGAUUAAAGUAUGGGAUGUUUACUUCCGUGUAACAGUUAGCGGAGGUGGAUGAUGAUCGAGUCUAAAACAACGGAUCCGGGGCUAGCUCGCUAGCUUCUUUGAUGUUUCUUCUAACGGCAAAUUUCGGAGGUUAUCCUUUUUUUGUGUGUGUGUUGUGUAACUUUGAAGAAUUUUCGCUUGAAUUAAUUUUUUUGGGCAACAAACUAGACUAUUUUCAUCUCAAAUAAUCCACUUAAUGAAUGUCUUUUUAGCGUCAAGCUACAUUAUAUUUGAAUGUAGCUGUUAGCUUUAGCCGAAAUUAGUUUAGCCAAUUAAUAUGACAUUAGCUGCUAAGCUACAGAGCGCUUAUGACUAAUGAUUAACCCGGCCGGCGGAGCUUGAUAAGCAGUCGUUAUGUCGCUAAAGAUGCUCGGAUUUUUGCAUUUAUAUGAUCUGCAGCAGCAAAGUUAUUCAUACCGGUAGCGACUUUUAAUCUUUUAUGGGUGGAAAAUGUACACAAAAGUGGGGUGUUCACUUAUAAUUUAACGCUCGUUCGUCUGCAAGCAGCAGGACUGAAAUACUGAAGUUGUCAACCAGCGAAAGUAGUUUUCCUUUUCUUCUCGUUGAAAUGAAAAUGUCCGAGUUGGGACAAAAGUAUUGACGCAUUAGUAGGUGAACUCCUCCCCACCUCCACCCCAAAAAUAAGACUCUCAGCAAAAGUGCCAGACAUGCGUCUCUCCCCAUUUUUGGCCCUGUUCAGGCCCGCUCUGCCCCUCAUCCUUGGCCUGUCUUUGGGAUGCAGUCUCAGCCUUUUGAUGGUGUCCUGGACACAAGGAGACACCGACGACUCCUGUCAAAGCGAGCUGGGAAAAGGCAGGUUUUUCCUGGGUAACAGGGAUGCCCAGGGGGGAGCAAGAGACGGAGCUGGGGGUGAAGACUUCCAGCCGCGCAUAGUGCCCUACCACAAGGAUCCCAACAAGCCACACAAGAAAGUCCUCAGAACGCGAUACAUCCACACCGAGCUGGGCAUCAGAGAGCGUCUGCUGGUGGGCGUGCUGACCUCCCGGGCCACCCUCAACACACUGGCUGUCGCCGUGAACCGCACAGUGGCACAUCACUUCCACCGGACUUUUUUCUUCACGGGCCUACGCAGCCCCAAGGUGCCUCAUGGGAUGACCGUGGUCGCCCAUGGAGACGACCGUCCGGUGUGGCUGAUGUACGAGACGAUACGCCACCUUCACCAGCACUACGCCUCGGACUACGACUGGUUCCUGUUGGCUCAGGACGACACCUACAUGCAUGCAGAGCGCCUGUCGGGGUUGGUGGGCCGCCUCAGCGCGGGGCAGGACCUGUAUAUGGGGAGAGCGGAGGAGUUCAUCGGGGGAGAGGAGAAGGCGCGGUACUGCCAUGGGGGUUACGGCUACCUGCUGUCCCGCAGCCUCCUGGCACGCCUGCAGCCGCACCUCGACACCUGCCGUAACGACAUCCUCAGCGUGAGACCGGAUGAGUGGCUGGGCCGCUGCAUCAUCGACUAUCUGGGUUUGAGCUGUGUGGAGGUGCACCAGGAGAUGACGUUCCGUUAUUUUGAGCUUGGCAAAAAUGCCGAUCCAGAGAGAGAAGACAGCGCUCAGUUCAGAAAUGCCUUCACCGUUCAUCCCGUUUCCGAGCCAAACCUCAUGUACCGUCUGCACAAACGCUUCAGCCACAUCGAGCUGGAGUGGACGUACCAGCACAUUCAGCAGCUGCAGAUGCAGAUCAGCAACCUAAGUGACCUGACUCCAGAGGGUAAGGCCGGGAUAACGUGGCCUGUGGGCAUCAACCCUCCGUUCAAACCCAAAACCCGCUUUGAAGUCAUAAACUGGGACUACUUCACAGAGGACCACGUGUACUUCUGCGUCGACGGCGCGCCAAAAUGCGAGAUGAGGGGAGCCGAUCGAGCCGACGUCAGCGCCGUCCUAGAAACGGCCGUGGAGCGGCUGAACGAGCGCUACCAGCCUCAGCUCCGCUUCCUCAAACGGCGCCUCCUGAACGGGUACCGCCGCUUCGAUCCCACGCGCGGUAUGGAGUAUAUACUGGACCUGGCGCUGGAGGCCCUGACCCAGAAAGGCCACAGCCAGGUGAUUGCCAAGCGGGUCAACCUGCUGCGACCCCUCAGCGCGGUCGAGAUUAUCCCUAUGCCUUACGUGACCGAGGCCACACGGGUGCAGGUCAUCCUGCCCGUCACGGUCCAGGACCAGGACUUUGUCGGGAACUUCCUGGACAUGUACGUGAUGAACACCCUGGACACUCAUGACAACGUCCUGCUGACCUUCUUGUUCAUCUACGACCCCUUUGACGCACAGCGGGUCAGCCAGACGGACGUGUUUGCGGGCGUCAAGGCCAUGAUCGGAGAAGUAGAGAAACGUUACGGAGACGUGAAGAUCCCGUGGAUUAGCGUGAAGACGGAGGUUCCCUCGCAGGUCAAACUGAUGGACAUCAUUUCCAAGAAGCACCCGGUAGAUACGCUCUUUUUCCUCGGGAGCGUUUGGACAGAGGUCAACGCAGACUUCCUGAACCGCUGCAGGAUGAACGCCAUCAGCAACUGGCAGGUCUUCUUCCCCAUCCACUUCCAGGAGUACAACCCUGCUGUGAUGUACCGCGACCAGCCGCCCUCCGCCCCCUCCUCCUUCGCAUCCGAGUCUCUGCGAGACGGCCGAUUCGACCGCCACGUCUUUGACGAGGCCUGCUUCUACAACGCAGACUACAUGAGCGCCCGCACCACCAUGGCCGCGGACAUCCUGGACAACGAGGAGCUGCUGGAGAGCAUGGACGUGUACGACAUCUUUGUGCGGUACUCGGGCCUCCACGUCUUCAGAGCCAUGGAACCCGCUCUGAUCCAGAAGUACGUACGCAGAACGUGCAACCCUCGCUUCAGCGAGGACGUCUACCACCGCUGUGUCCUCAGCAACUUGGAGAGUCUGGGGUCACGCUCGCAUCUCGCCAUGGCGUUGUUUGAGCAGGAGCAGGCCAACAGCACGUAGAGGGAACCGCCCAACCCGGUGAGACGAUCGACCAAAAACAGUAAGAGAGCAGCAGAACAAACCAACGCUUUUUCCUCCUUCCUGUCAGAAUGUUGGACCUCAAAAACAUGCAACUCUGAAUGUUUGAUGUCUAGACGGCGCCGCGUCCAGCCGGCUAUGAGGAACUGUAACCCGUGAAGCUGAGGUUAUCACACACGAGGCGAACUGCAGUGUUGAAAUUCAGUUUUUAGGAACAUUUCAGUGUUUGAUUGUAACACACGAACAAAUGCCUUCAUCCUGAAGUUAAUUUAAUGAGCCAUAAGUCUUCCUCGGUGAAGAUGUCUUACAGAACAAAAGCAUCGCUGAAGCCUUCGGCUGCCUUUUCAUUCAGACGUGUUCUUUUUCUAAAGAAGUAUUAAAGGGAAACGUUUCCCCUCAGA